CUUAAGACCUGAAUCCGGCACUCGCUGGUCCCCCAGGCUGAUUGAUGGGCAGGAUGAAGAGUGCGGUGCUGCCGCUGCUGCUGCUCGCCCUUCAGUGCCUGGACGGAGUCUGGGCCUUGAAAUGUCACAACUGCUCUGCCCUGGCGGACACGUGCUCAAACCCGGAACAAUGUGCCCCCCACAUGAAAGCCUGCAGUCUAGUGAGAGCAAGUGCCACAGUACAAUUCAACCAGAAGGUCACCAUGGUGACAAAGAUGUGUUUGCCAUCCUGUGAGAAUCCUUUACCCGUCCAGAAGAAACAAGGCAUCAUUCAGGAAUUGGGGGCGUAUGUCUACUGCUGCACCACUGACCUGUGCAACGGGGCUCCCAGCCCGGGUCUGGGGGCCACCACUGUGGGGAUGAUGCUCCUGGUCCCAGUGCUGGCCACACUCCUAGGAGACUUUCUGUGA